AUGAAGCUCAAUCACAUGGAAGCAGUGCUGAUGGUGAUUUUGGAGAUGGCCGACACUGUGAGGGUGCAAUUACAUGGUGAUGGAAAAUCCAGGGUCGGGUUGAAAAUGAGCGGGGAGGAGAUGAAGAAUGGAGGUUGGGUUGCUGUUAUGGAAUUAUGUUGCAGUCCAAAAAGGCAAAGGGUUGUAGCCUUGGAUCUUUCUAGUUUGAAUCUUCAAGGUACAAUUUCCCCGUCUUUGGCUAAUUUGUCCUUUCUCGGAGAGCUUAAUCUUGGGAACAACAACUUUCAUGGCGCCAUCCCUUAUGGCAUUGGCCACUUGCCUCGCUUGAGAGUCAUUAAUAUUCAAAACAAUCAGCUCGAAGGAAGUAUUCCAACAAGCCUAUUUCAACACCAGAAAGUUCAAAAGAUUUCAUUGGCUUUCAAUAAACUCAGUGGUGAAAUGUGGAAUGGGUCAUGGUAUGUACCAGAACUCAAGGUCUUGUAUCUCACCAACAAUAGUCUCACAGGCAUAAUCCCGCCUUCUAUUGGAAAUGCCACGAAGUUGAUGAACUUCAGCUUGUACGGUAAUAGAAUCAACGGCAACAUUCCGAAGGAGAUUGGUAAUCUUAGCCAACUUGUAGAGUUGUCCUUGGUUGAUAACCAAUUAACCGGUCCCAUUCCUGCAACACUGUUUAAUAUAUCAUCGCUACUUACCACAUAUCUGGCACUCAAUAGCCUUUCUGGUCCUCUCUUGCUUGAUGAAGGGAGUAUCGUGUCAAAUCUGAAGUAUCUAAGUGUAUCUAAGAACCAAAUUUCUGGUUGCAUUCCUUCCAACAUUUGCCAACUCACAGAGCUCAAAGGGUUGUCCAUAUCUUACAACAAGAUAACUGGAGAUAUACCCAAAAAUAUUGGUUGUUUAGCUAAGCUCGAGGUGUUCUAUAUCGGAGCUAAUGCACUAAGUGGGACUUUUCCUGCUUCAUUGGGAAAUAUAUCCACUCUUGAAUAUCUGGAUUGUCCAAACAAUUGCAUAGGGGGGCAAGUUCCUCCAGAAUUAGAGAAGCUGUCAAAUUUGAGGCAAUUAAACCUUGGCCAGAAUUAUAAUAUUAUUGGUUAA